AUGGGUUUGUUGAUAAGUUCAAAGCUCGAUUGGUUGCUAAAGGGUACAAUCAACAAGAAGGCGCCCCGAGCUUGGUAUGAGGAGCUCUUUAAAGCACUUAUUUCUCUAGUUUUGGUUGAUGUCGACAACAUUAUUGUGACUGGGAACAAUAAUGUAGCAUGUCAAGCUCUUAUUCAGCAACUCAGUGAGAAAUUUCCUGUCAAAGACUUAGGCUUUUUGCAUUAUUUUCUUGGGUUAGAGGUUAAACACACUGCUUGUGGUUUAUUCUUGUCUCAAACUAAGUAUGCUUGUGAUCUUCUCCAACGAACUGAUUUUCUUGGUGCCAAACCAUGUGCCACUCCCUUGGGGUCCUACAAAAUAGACAAUUCUGGAAUGUUGCUUUCUAAUCCUACUUUCUAUAGAUCUACCGUUGGUGCUCUUCAAUACUUGACAUGGACACGGCCUGAUUUGUCCUUUGAUGUUAAUCUGGUAUGUCAACAUCUUCACCAACCUCGCACUAAUCAUUUAGGUGUUGUAAAGAGAAUCCUUAGAUAUCUUAAAGGUUCUCUUGAUAUGGGAAUCUGUUUUCGCAAAGGCCCCCUUGUAAUGCAGCCCUAUUAUGAUGCAAAUUGGGCAGGAUGCCCCUUAGAUCGUCGAUCUACUAGUGGUUGGUGUGUUUUUCUUGGUUCAAAUUUAAUUUCUUGGUCUGCCAAGAAGCAACCAAUAGUUUCUCACAGUUCUACUAAAUCUGAGUACAUAGGUACUGCCAUGACUGCUGUUGAACUUGUUUACAUUGCUAUGUUGUUUAAAGAUAUUGAUUUUUAG